UCCGGCAGCAGGAGGAGCCGCGCGCUGCUGGGGCGGGUAGUGCUGCUGCCGCUGCCGCUGCCGCCAGUCAGACUGCACAGGGUCCUUCAGCACCCAGUUCCCUCGAACCCAUCGCCGCUUCUAGACUCUGCUGUGGUUUCGGAUCCCGCCGGGAAAAUGUCUGAUGAAUUUUCGUUGGCAGAUGCUCUACCUGAACACUCCCCUGCCAAAAACUCUGCUGUGAGCAGUACAAAAUCUGGCCAAACUCCCCAAAGUUGGCCAGGUUCCAACCCUUGGAAUAACCCAAGUGCUCCACCUUCUGUGCCAUCUGGACUCCCACCAAGUGCAACACCUUCCACUGUGCCUUUUGGACCAGCACCAUCGGGAAUGUAUCCCUCUGUGCCUCCCACUGGACCACCUCCAGGACCCCCAGCACCCUUUCCUCCUUCUGGACCAUCAUGCCCCCCACCUGGUGGUCCCUAUCCAGCCCCAGGUGUGCCAGGGUCUGGCCCCACAGGGCCAUAUCCUACGCCAAAUAUGCCCUUUCCAGAGCUACCUAGACCAUAUGGUGCACCCACAGAUCCAGCUGCAGCUGGUGCUUUAGGUCCAUGGGGAUCCAUGUCUUCUGGACCUUGGGCACCAGGAAUGGGAGGGCAGUAUCCUACCCCUAAUAUGCCAUAUCUAUCUCCAGGGCCAUAUCCUGCUCCUCCUCCGCAAGCACCAGGGACAGCACCACCUGUUCCAUGGGGCACUGUUCCACCAGGAGCCUGGGGACCACCGGCACCAUAUCCUGCCCCUGCAGGAUCGUAUCACACACCAGGACUGUAUCCUACUCCCAAUAAUCCUUUUCACGUGCCUUCAGGACCUUCUGGUGCUCCACCGAUGCCUGGUUGCCCCCAUUCUUACCAUUAAGUUAACAAUGGAAGAAGAGAUGACGCUUUGCUUUUGAAGUACAUAUAUGUGCACAUGAUUGCAUAUAUAAAAAUUGCUGGUUUCACUAUUCUUAGAGGGCAUUUACGAAAGAACAACUCUUGCACCUCUCACAGAAGAUAUCUGCCUCUUGUACUUGGAUGUGUAGUACAUCAGAUGGAUACAAUCAUAAAAAUGUAGAAGUAAAUCAUUCAGAUGUGACUUUUAUUUGAUUUUAUGGAAAGUUAAAGUGACUAUGUAUAUUGAAUUGUUCCUUGAUACAAUUUGUUUAAAUUAUGAAAUGACAUGUUUAAAAAUCUAAGAUUUGUGGAUUAUUGUUAGAAUCUGCAACUUCAUUAGCAAAUUAUUCCACGUAUUUUUCUAUAAUCACUUUCCCCCAAGAUAAAUAAAUUUUGAAAACAAUCACAUUAUAAUCUAAAUAAAUGACAUCUCUCAACAUUUUGAGCUGUUCUAUCUAUAGGAUAAAUAAACCUGGUCCUCUUGAGAUAAUAUUUUGAAUAUACAUUUUAAAACUGUCGGUAGUUAUUCUCAGAUGUUGAGUUUAUUGGCCAGCCAGUGUUCAUUUUUAUCCUUGAGCUUUCAAUAAAAACUUGAUUUGUUUUAUUUUUGGCUAUUUGGAUCAUAUAGCACUAAAGUCUGCCAUCUACGGAAACUAAUUUUCUUAAAUCCAAGCCAACAUGUAUGUAAAUCAUAUUCUUAGAGAAUUGAUAAUCUCUUUGUAUUGCUUUAGAAUGCAUUAUAAGAUGUGCAUAUUGCUUUGGGAAAAGCUCAAGAAAGUAUAUAAUUCUCUCUCUUGUUUUGAACCACAGACUAGAUAAACCCUAGGAAUUGCUUCAUUUCAACAAGUCAGUUUCAUUCCUACAAAGUCUGAGGCAGCUCUUCUACCCAGACCAUUCCCUGUAGCCUCCCCACACCCCAACACCCUCAGUUCUUUAGAAGGAGCACCUCUCUUGAUUCCUCCCUGAUACGGAAAACUGGCACACUUUAGAGGUCUAUCAUAAAAACAUAGCAAUUAAUUAACUGUUUAGAGACCCUUAAGUCAUACAGACAUGAUUGUUCUUUUUGUACAAGUGUGAAUCAAAAUAUGUAUCUGUCUUUCAGAGUCUGGUUAAGCUAUGUCACUGUCUCCUGCAUAGUUUCCUGAAUCUGUAAAGUGUUUAUGGGUAGCAGUUUGGUUCUGUAUUUGUUGACAGGUAAAUAAGUAGAAUUUGGUGCCAACUUUGAGAAAAUUAUCCUCUAGCUCUAACUCUGAAAAUAAUAAUAAAUUGUAGAUUUCUGCAACUGA